UGAUGCCAUCGCAGUCAUCUUGACUAGAAGAUUAUCAAAAAAAAAAUUUUCACAAUUUUAGUACUCGAGUUAUUUGGUAUAAUCACUUCAAUAUAAGGAUAGGCCGCUGUAAUCAGCAUGUCUACACCUUUUAGAUUACGAGGACUAUCAAAAUGUUGUUGUAUUUCUUCAUUCACAUUGUUGAAUAGAAGAAAUGAAAGAGUACUACCAUUAAUAUUGCAAAAUAGGUAUAUGUUGCGGACUCAUUAUAUUAGUUAUUCACAAGUAAAUAAUGAAAAUUCAAAUAAUAAAACUAAAAGAAAAAAUAAAUUAGAAGGAUAUUGGUUAGAUGGAUUUCAAACUCCAAAACCAAUGCAAAAAAGAAAAUUUCCACCCUUUAUACAUAAUUUACUUGUACGUUUAGCUAAGGCAUUUGGAUAUUAUGAUUUACCAGUACAAGCUAUAAGAAUUACAAGAGAAUUAUAUCAAAUGUGUUCAAAACAUUAUGAUGAUAAUAAAGAAUUUUAUAUUGGUGCUUGUGGAUUACCUGAUAGUUUUCAAACUUGGUUUUCCGUAACUUUAUUACAUAUUUGGAUGUUAAUGGUUAGGUUUAGAGUUGAAAAUGAAGGAAAAAUAUUUAUGCAACAAUUAGUAAAUCAUUUAUUUGAAGAUGCUGAAUGGAGAAUGAGAGAAGAUUAUGGAAUCACUUCAAAUAGUAUUAUCAGACAUUACAUUAAGGAUCUGCUUAACCAGUUUCAUGGUGGUGUUAUGGCAUAUGAUGAAGGAAUGUGUAAAGAUGAUCCUGUAUUAGCCGCUGCUUUAUGGAGGAAUAUUUUAGUUACAGAGGGUUCAACUCAUAAUAUGGCUUGUUUGGUUAAACAUGUUAGACAUGAAUUACAAAGAUUAGAUCAUUUAUCAUAUGAAAGUAUUAUUGAAGGAAAAAUUCAAUUUAGAAAACCUGAAAUUACAUUGUAAUAUAAACAAUAUUGUUUAGAAAAGAAUUUUUGCUAAUGAAAAAUUUUA